CCUUCGAGCUGCACUUUGAGACCGCUUCGACCCGCUUUCCCGCCAAAACGGGCUUUCCCGCCAAAAUCCGGUCAGCCCCGCAGAAGCCGCCCCCGUCGCCCCGACACGAUUACUGCUUCUUGCUCUUGCUUCGGUCCCGCUCCACAACUCAUCGCCGCUUUAGGGCGCAUAGUCUUGUGCAGCAAAAGGCGAAGACUCUGUCCUUUCCAGGUGUUUUCCGGUACCACUGCGGCUCGGGCUGAGUUUGCCGCAGCAGCAGGCGCAGCAACCACCACCUGGGGCUCUGCGACCUGCGCGUGCGAUUCAUAGCGCGCGUUCAGGCGUGCGUGCGAAGCGAAGCGAGGUGACUCCUUUGAGCGGUGCAGCGCUUACUUGCUGCCUCGUGCCUUGGGCUAGCUAGCAUUUACUAGAAGCAACCAGGCAUCGCGAUCGACUCCAUAGGCGCAGUUAUGGUCAGCUCCAUAGGCGCAGUGAGGGAGGGCUUCUUCAGUUCAGUCAUGGGCACGCUGCGGGCCGCUGGCGUGAAGUCGCCGACGGCUGCAGAGCGCCCUGGCCCAGGCGCCAGCCGCCGAGGGCUGUCGGCUCCAUCGGCGGCAGCGGCGACGGCAGCAGGAGCGGCGAUGGCAGCGGAGGCGGCUGGGAUUGGGGACUGCAGUCUGGGCAAGCGGCGACGACGGCUGCAGCCGCAGCAGCGGCGUGUGACGGCAGGGGCGCUGCUGUCAGCGCUGGUGGUCGUCACGGCGUUGGCGGCGGCGGUGCGGGGCUGCGGCGCCGCUGACCCAGCGGCUGCUGCUGCGGCGGCGGCGGCGGGAACGAACGGCAGCGGCGACGGCGGCGGUGGUGGGCCCCAGGAGGCUGUGCAGCGGGAUUACCGCCGUCACCUGACAGCGGCCGCAGCAGCCAGCAACUCCACCAGCCCCGGAGUGGCGGCUGCAGCUUCGCCCGCUGCUACUCCACCCACUGGCAGCACCAUCGUUGGUCCAAGCAGCCCCACAACCGGCGCCGUCAGCAGCAGCUCCACUUCCUCCCCCGCCACUCCUGCUGCAGGCGGCGGCGGCGGCGCCGCCGGCAGCCCGGCCGCAGGCAGCAACACGAACAACAGCGUUGGCACCACUACCACCACCACUAGCAGCAGCAGCAAAGCUAGCAUAUCCGCCGAGGCCAGCGGCGAUAGCGGCAGCAGCACCGGCGGCGUGCCCUCAGCCAAGGGCCCCUCCCCCGUGCCCGUGCCGUCACCCCCCGGCAGCGGCCCUGGCAGCUCGCCUCCACCCCGCCCCCCUCCCGCCGCCGCCACCAACUCCUCCACCGUCACUAACACCUCCAUCGGCUCGUCCAGCUGCUGGGUGGCUACCCGCGACUUCCCGGUGCGGGUGUGUGUGCGCUGGACGGAGGACUGCCGGCUGGCCAAUGCGUCGCAGGUGGAGGGCUGCGACAUGUGCAGCAAGGGCUGGGGCUCCUACCCCAGCCAGCGGGCCUGCCUGGACGCGGCCGGCGGCGGCUUCGAGCCGUCGGCGGCCGGCAUCGACCCCGCCACCUACCCGCCGCCGCCCGCCUCACCGUACGCCAACACGUGCGGCUACAACCCCAACAGCCGCACCAGGUCCAGCAGCUCGGCCUGCCCGCACCUGCUGCCCGACGUGACGCUGUGGGAGGCCGCCGCCUCCUGGCCCGCCACCGGCACGAACCCUGGCGGCGUGCCCGCCCCCGGCUCCGCCGUGGUUCUCCCCGCGGGCCGCCGCAUCAUGAUCACGGGCUGCUCGCUGCGCGGCACGGCGGGCGUGGCCAACGCCUUCGCCUCCAUCCGCAUCCCGGCCUCCUCCGAGCUCAUCUUUGACGACUCCGACAUCUCGCUGGUGGUGGGCGCCGUCUACGUGUACGGCCGGCUGCGGGCGGGCGGCGAGGGCUGCAGGCUGGCGGCGCCGCUAAGCAUCACCUUCGCGCCCGCGGCAGGUGUUCCCGAGUCCGACCUGGGUCUGCAGGUGCUGCCGGGCGGUCAGCUGGACCUGCACGGCGCCGACAGCCGCCCCACCUGGACGCGCCUGACAGCCACCGUGCGGCCCGGAAGCAACUGGGUGUCGCUCAGGGACCCUGUUCCCGCCUGGAAGCCCGGCCAGCUGCUGUUCGUGGCCACCUCCAUCUACCGUGACGAGUAUGAGAACCAGAAUGAGGUCAUGUCCAUCCGCUCCGUCAGCGCCGACGGCCGCACCGUGAUCACCAACGAGUACUUUGAGUACUCCCACUACGGCGGCCCCGAGUACCAGAGCGAGGUGGGGCUGCUCAGCCGCUCCAUAACACUGCGCAGCUGGCCGGGAAGCGCCGCCACGUCGAGGGGAGGACACGUGCGCAUCAUGGGACAGGGCCGUCUGGAGGGCGUGCUGGGCUACCGGCUGGGCCAACUCAACGUGCUGGGGGCGUACCCCUUCCACUGGCACAACGCCGGCGACGCCUCUAGCGGCGUGUCGUACGCACGUGACUGCGCCGUGUACGCCGCCUACUACAGAUGCUUUGUGAUCCACGGCACCAGCGGCCUCACGCUGUCCGACAACACGGCCUUCCACGCCACUGGCUCCUGCUACUACCUGGAGGACGGUGUGGAGGAGCGCAACGUGCUGCGCCGCAACCUGGGCGCCUUCGUGCACGUGAUCGGCAAUCCGGCGGGCGGCGUCACGCAGUCGGGCGAGCUGUUCGUGCAGGGCCCCAACCUGGCCCACCCUUCGGACGCCGCCGCGGGUGUGUUCUAUGCGGCCAACCCCAACAACGCAUUCCAGGACAACGCCGCCAGUGGGGGCUUCGCCGGCUUCAACUUCCCCAGCCUACCCGCGCCCAUCGGGGACCACCGCUGGAUGGCCUCAACGCUGAAUCCCAGUAAGCGGCCGCUGCAGCUGUUCGACGGCAACACAGCCCACAGCUCCGGAUACUUCUGGAUCAUGGCCGGCGGCAUCUACGUGGGUGGCCGGCUGUGGGUGAACGACGCCGACGGCGGCAAGCUGUACUACAGCAGCGGGCGGUACGAGAUGGACACGCGGGAUGACACGGGUACGGCUCUGGCCUUCCACGUCUUCACCAACAACAAGGUGUGGCUGGCCCAGUGGGGCAUCAGCCACUGGGGCGCGCGGGCGCGGGUGGUGGGCUGGGAGGCGCACGACUGCGUUCGCGGCGCAAACAUAUUCGGGCUGGCGCAGCUCAGCAACGCCUACAUCAACGGCCGCUCCGCAAACGCCGACGCCAAGUACCCGGCAGGCGACCAUGACCCCAUCGCGGGUUUCCGCUGGUACGACACGCGUGUAAUGACCGUGCUGACCAACAUCACCUUUGCCAACUACCCCUACACGCCGCCCGCCGCCCCCGGCGGCCUCAUGGGGCAGAGCGUGUGGUUCUCCAUGCCGCACAGUGACGAGUACAAGCCGGCCUACAUCAGCGCCAGCCGCAACAUCGCCUACCGCGCCGUGGACGGCAGGGCGCUGGUCAGCAACCCGCCGCAGUCCACCGGCGCCUCCCGCUUCUUCAACUGGAUCGACCACGACGGCAGCGCCACCCUGCGCGGCCGGCCCACAGUGGUGGGGUCGUGGCCCACCUGGUGGAACCUGGGGCCCGACUGCAGCUGGCAGCCUCUGGGCGGUGUGUACUUCUGCGACUACUACCCCUGGCGCACCGUGGGGCGGCUGGAGGUGCGCGUGCCGGGAUACACCGUGCCGGUGGACAGCGGCAGCGCCUUCCCGCCCGACCCCGCCUUCGAGCUGGGCUACGUGGCGGCGUUCGGGCACCGCGGGGCGGACGCGCGCAGCAUGACCGUCACCCGCAACGAGGGCAUCACAGGCGUCAGCGGUGCGGGCGGCUGGUACCUGCACCUGAACGCCGGGGUCACACCCGCGCUGCAGGUAUUCCUGACGCAGGUGCCGCCCGGCACCAGCAUCCUGUUUGCCACGCGCUACCCCGCCGGCACCACCUUCUCCGUGUCCCGCCAGUUCCUGUGGUACCCCGCCCUCAGCAGCGCCGUCAGCCAGGCCGGCAGCCUGCAGGAGGUGCUGGACGGCGCAGGCGACAAGUACUGGUUCAGCGGCAAACACCUGUACAUCAAGAUGGCGGACCCGGGCGACGGCAGUGUGGACCCGCCCUUCAGUGUGGACGGGGCGGCGGUGUGGGGCACCCGCUACUUCAGCGCCUGGUAUUGGGUCAACAUCACACGGCUGCCGGGGGGCCAGGACCCCUACUCCGCCUGCCCCUGGGUGUCCGGCACCCCCUCCGCCCCCAACCCCUCCACCGGCACCUCCUACCCGCCCAACCCGCUGUCCCCCGGCGCGCGGUUCUGCCCCCUGGCCGCCGACCCCGCCACCGACGUCCCCGACUCGCCACCCGCCGCCUACAACAGCUGGAUGGACCCCUUCUGCACCGACGUCGCGCCGCCGGGCUCUGUGCUGAGCUGCUCCCAGGUGGCGGCUCAGGGCCAGUGCGGCAGUGGCGCCAUCCGCGCCCCGGCCGACCCGCACGCGGCAGUCAUUGGCGGCUACUGCGCAGUCAGCUGCGGCGUGUGCGUGCAGGGGGUGCGCGCGUGCGUGGACCGAGCGCCACCGGGCGGCCUGAGCUGCGCCCAGCGCCGCGCCGCCGGCAACUGCGGAGCCGACUGGAUGCGUGCGGGCAGCUGGUGCGGCGCCUCCUGCGGCUACUGCACACCCGCACAGCCGCUGCCGCCGCUGCCGCCCGCGCCCAACUGCUUCGACGUGCCCGUGCCACCGGGCACGUACACCUGCAAGCAGCAGCUGGACUGGGGCCAGUGCUCCCAGCCCUGGAUGGCCGCCAACGGCUGGUGCAGGGCCACGUGCGGGCUGUGCGCCGGAAUGACGCCCUCGCCCUCGCCCUCUCCGUCGCCCUCUCCGUCGCCCUCGCCCUCGCCCUCGCCGCCGGCAGGUUGCUACGACGUCACGCCCCCAGGCGGCUACAGCUGUGCGCAGCAGGCGGGCUGGGGCAAGUGCUCAGCCGACUUCAUCCGCCUCAACAACUACUGCGCCGCCACCUGCGGCACCUGCACCAGCGGUAGCGGUGGUGGCAGUAGCACCUGCUCCGACGUGGCGCCGCCGGGAGGCUACAGCUGUGCGCAGCAGGCGUCGUGGGGCAAGUGCAAUGACGGCUUCAUGCUGCCGUACGGCUACUGCGCCGUCACCUGCGGCCGCUGUAGCAGCAACAGCGCCGCCAACUGCUACGACGACCCCUACUCCGCCUGCCCCUGGGUGUCCGGCACCCCCUCCGCCCCCAACCCCUCCACCGGCACCUCCUACCCGCCCAACCCGCUGUCCCCCGGCGCGCGGUUCUGCCCCCUGGCCGCCGACCCCGCCACCGACGUCCCCGACUCGCCACCCGCCGCCUACAACAGCUGGAUGGACCCCUUCUGCACCGACGUCGCGCCGCCGGGCUCUGUGCUGAGCUGCUCCCAGGUGGCGGCUCAGGGCCAGUGCGGCAGUGGCGCCAUCCGCGCCCCGGCCGACCCGCACGCGGCAGUCAUUGGCGGCUACUGCGCAGUCAGCUGCGGCGUGUGCGUGCAGGGGGUGCGCGCGUGCGUGGACCGAGCGCCACCGGGCGGCCUGAGCUGCGCCCAGCGCCGCGCCGCCGGCAACUGCGGAGCCGACUGGAUGCGUGCGGGCAGCUGGUGCGGCGCCUCCUGCGGCUACUGCACACCCGCACAGCCGCUGCCGCCGCUGCCGCCCGCGCCCAACUGCUUCGACGUGCCCGUGCCACCGGGCACGUACACCUGCAAGCAGCAGCUGGACUGGGGCCAGUGCUCCCAGCCCUGGAUGGCCGCCAACGGCUGGUGCAGGGCCACGUGCGGGCUGUGCGCCGGAAUGACGCCCUCGCCCUCGCCCUCUCCGUCGCCCUCUCCGUCGCCCUCGCCCUCGCCCUCGCCGCCGGCAGGUUGCUACGACGUCACGCCCCCAGGCGGCUACAGCUGUGCGCAGCAGGCGGGCUGGGGCAAGUGCUCAGCCGACUUCAUCCGCCUCAACAACUACUGCGCCGCCACCUGCGGCACCUGCACCAGCGGUAGCGGUGGUGGCAGUAGCACCUGCUCCGACGUGGCGCCGCCGGGAGGCUACAGCUGUGCGCAGCAGGCGUCGUGGGGCAAGUGCAAUGACGGCUUCAUGCUGCCGUACGGCUACUGCGCCGUCACCUGCGGCCGCUGUAGCAGCAGCAGCGCCGCCAACUGCUACGACGUGCAGCCGCCGGGCGGCUACAGCUGCACCCAGCAGGCGGGCUGGGGCAAGUGCGGCGCUGCUGACGUCAUGAUGCCGUACGGCUACUGCGGCGCCACCUGCCGCCGCUGUACCAGUGGCGGUGGCAGUAGCACCACCGCCGCAGGCGCUGGCAGUAGCAGCCCCAGCCCGAGCAGCAGUCCCUCCGACCCGUACGGCAGUCUGCUGGGCAGUCUCAACAACUGGCUCUUCGCCGCCGCCGCCGCUGAGGAUGACAGCGCCGAGGUGGGCAGCAGUGCAGCCGCAGAUAGCAGUAGCAGUCCCAGCUCCGGCCCGACGGCGGCCACCGGUGUGGCUGCCGGCACGCCCGCGGCCCGGCAGGCGGCCGCCGCGGCGCCAGGGUUUGUGCUCAACCCCGCCACGACCACCACCACCACCACCAUCUCAGCAGGAGCCUCGCCCCCGCCGCCGCCCAGUUCCGCCGCCACCGCACCCGCGCCCGCCAGCCACAGCAGCGUGGGCAGUACCAGCACGGCUGUAGCAGCAGCGCCCUCCCCAUCAGGCGCUGUUCCUCAGCGCUACGGCGCCAAUGCCAGCUACGCGCCCUACCAGACGGCGCUGUGGGUGGCGGCGGCUGCCAGUCUGUCCACAGACACCUUUGCGGCGGACACAGACAGAGCCCGAGCCGCACUGGGGCCCCCAGCUGCGCAGCAGCCGCAGGCGCCACAGCAGCAGCAGGCGCCAGCGCCAGCGGGGUCUGUGGUGACGGGUGGGGUGCCUGCAACGAAAGGCUCCUCGCCCUCAGCUUCGCCCUCGCCCUCGCCGACGCUCAACGCUCCAACACCCUUCGCCAGUAGCGCCAACGGCGGCUCUGGGGGCGGCGGCGGGGGCGGCGCAGUUUCGGGCGCGUUUAACAUCGGUUCGUCGGUGUCCACGCCAGCAGGCGCUACAGCCGCAGGUAGCGCCAGCAGUGCCGGCAGCAGCUCGGCGCCGCAAGCGGGAGGCACGGUUACGGCGGCUGAGGCAGGGGCGGCUGGUGGCGGCGGCGGCGGCGGCACGUUGACGCCGCCGCUGAACCCAACCUUCGAUGCGGCGUUGAAUCCCUUUGAAAAUACCACCUCCGUCGCCAGUCCCGGCUCUCCCCUAGCAGCAGCCAAGCCCGCCUUUUAUGCCGCCUGGCUCAGAAGCAGCGGCAGUAGCAGUGGCAGUAGCAGUACGGCUGGUAGCUUUAACAGCGCGUCCGCGGAUGAUGACUGGGUGGGCAGCGUCAGUGGCAGUAGCAGCAGCACAACUGGCGCAGGCCCGGGAGUGGUGGGCAGUGACGGCACGUUCUUUGGACUGCCGCUACUGCCGUGGGCGUCCGUGGGUGUCAGUGAUGGGAGCGCCGGCAAUGUCAGUAAUAGCUCGGCGGCAGGAGGAAGCCAUAAGUAGAGGCAUAAACGAGUUUCUGGCCUAAUGCGUGUGGUCAGAUAUGGAUUCAAGCCAGCAAACAAGCGUACUGUACAGCCGUGGAAUUGAACGGAGAAAAGAAUGCGAGCGUAGUGAUGCAGGUUGUGGCUCUGCACAUAGGUGCAUGGGCGAGUUUGCUGCUACUGCUUUCCGGGCCUCUCAAAAGACGUAGAGCGGCAGGGGCUAGCUGACUACCCGCAGGUGCGUGACUAGCUCAUGAGUUACUUUCUGUCUUUGCAGCUGCCGGCUGGACGAGCUGUACAGCUGGCGUUGGGUGUAUCGGGAAGUAAGCGAGGACACGCACAUCAGGCAAGCUGUGUGCGGCGGGUGCGGGCUACCAAGCACUACGGUGAUGCUGCUAGGGAUUCGACCUGUGAACAAGCUCUUUAGAUGACACACCCCGGACCAGAUUCGUAGUGCGUUGGGGAGGCUCAAACCCACACACGUUUUGUCCGCAGAAGCAGGAGCAAGCUGCAGUGGACUGAUUGUUGCCGCUGGCAGGUGCGGGAGUCACGCUACUGUAAAACCGUAUGCAC